AGCGUGUGGCGUGUGUGUUGUGUGCGUUGUUUCUGCCCAUUCUGCCGGGCAGUGGUGUGGUGGUGGUCCUUUUUUUUGCUGUGUGUUUGGUGGAGUGAAGUGGAGUUGCUGGUGCACAGGACGAAGGAGCAGUUCGUUAUUUUUCCCUCCUGUGUGAGAGCGAGAGAGAGAGAGAGUGAAAGAGGGAAAGAGCGAGAGGUGUGGUCGCGGUUCCUUUUGUUGUUGUUGUUGAUUGGGGAUGAACGACGCAAAGGAGUUGUGGAUCAUCAACACACGCACACACACACGCUGCUUCACUAACAGCAUCCAGCUAGAGCGUGCUGUCCCCCUUUCCCCCUCCUCUUCGAUCGAUCAGGUUCGCCGGACCCAGCAGCAGCAGCAGCAGCAGCAUGCCGUGGUUCGUGUGCUGUGGCUGCUGUCACUUUGCAUCGGGACUUCGCAGGCAUCGAAGCUCCUUCCGAGACGCGCGCGCGCCCGUUGCUGCCCGUUCAGCAUAACAAGCAAAUCCGCGGACAAAACACUUCCAACUCUGUGUGUAUGUGUGUGUGCCUCUUUUAUCGAGCGCACGAGUGACACGAACAACGAUCGAUCUCUCCUUUUCCUGUGCUGCCCAGCCGCUAAGCCGUAAACUCUUUGCACGGGUCAAGACUUUGUGCGUGCGUUACGCCCGUGUGUGUGUGUGGGUUUCAGUGUGAUCAGGUGUGCACAUUCCUACAACCGUUCCUAUUCUGCGUAAUGUCCCUUCCGCCCGAUGUGUAACGGGGGUGGCGCGCGUGCUACCAGUGCCGUCGAUCGCGCCGUCCUGCUGGACAGAAUGUGCAACCGGGCACGGUUGACCGAACGUCUUCGUCGCCGUCUGCCACCGGUAGUAGAGGUAGCGAGCGGAACUGCUGCAACUGCAACGACACGUGCCACGGUUGCACCUGAACCGGCCGUGCCGCACCUGCCCGUCGACGGAGGCGGCUGGAGAGCAACGUGCAAAGCGGUGGUGGUGUGGGAAGCUUAAAGUGCAAACCCCGAGUGCAGUGCAUCUGCAAGUGUAUAUUUGUGUGUGUGUGUGUGUGUAUGUGUUUGUGUAUGUGUUUUGGUGUGGGAGUGUGUGGGCCUGUCGGCUGUGUAUGUGAUAUCAUCAUCCUUCACACUGGUGUGAACCUUCUGCGUCGCGACUCAACCAACACUCUUCAAUCAACUGUAACCGAAAACAAAUGACCGUGAGAGGGUGGGGUCUAAAGAAAGAAGGAGAAGGUUUAAAAGCAAAAAAACAAGCAAAGUAAAGAAAGUUCGUUCGUGAACCGGAAAACAGCUACAACCAGGCGGAACGCGGCGCCACCGCCCAUCCACAGUCCCCCGCGGAUUGAUCUCCGGCUCUCCUAUCAACCGUUCAGUGCUGCUGCCGGCCCCGGGCUCGAGGGUCGUCGUGUCUCGGUGGCGCGGAUGUCUUCUCAAUCAACGGAAGCGGUCCGGCGCUAGCCCAAGGGGUGCCGAGGACAAACGACAACAAAUAACAAUCAUCGGUGGGGGGGAGGCCACUCAUUUCCCCGACUUGACGCGGGAGUUGUUUGCCCAAGGAUUCGCUCCUAAGAAAACAAAACCUGCUCAUCGCCACAACGACAACGACAAGGUGCUCUAGCGAGAAGCGACCCACCAGUGUGUGUGUGUGUGCGUGACGUCACUAAAGCACGACGCAGCACUUUCUCUGGGCGUUUAAUACCGGUCAGAAUUCCGUUCCGUCAGGAUGGACCACGCGGUGCAUGCGGCCCGCGGCCGGCCGUGGAACAAGCUGCGCUUCGAGAACAACGAACUGGAGAGUCUGUACCAGCGCUACACGCUCAAGCUGCAGCGCUUCUCCGUCACCGGCGUGGUGGCGCUAGUGGUCAUCCUGUGCGGCGUCAUGGGUGGACUUAGUUUAGGCUACAAUCAAGCACCGACCCUGCAUAAUGUAUUUAACACGUUCAUGUGCCUGCUGUUCACCGUGGUGCUGGGUCUGCUGCAGUUCCGGCUGAUCCGCGACUCCCACCUGCCGUACCUGUGCUACGGCAUCCUGUUCUUUACUGCCGCGUUCUGCUUCAUCUCGAUGCCGACGGUCGGCAUCGUGUUCCCGGUGGACACGCGCGAGGUAAUGGCCGAGGGCGUCUGGCAGAUCGUGUUCGUCAUCUUCCUGUCGUACGCGAUGAUGCCGCUGCAGAUCUGGGAGGCCGCCCUGUUCGGGCUGAUCCUUCCGUCGAUCCACGUCGGUCUGACUGGGUACAACAUCUACACCGGCAACUUCCAGUAUCUCGCCUACCAGCAGCUGGCUGCAAACAUGGUCAUCUUUGUGGGCGUCAAUGUGGCCGGGUUCGUGGUGAACGUGAUGAUGGAGCGGGCCCAGCGGCGCGCCUUCCUCGACACGCGCAACUGCAUCGCGGCCCGGCUCGAGAUGGAGGACGAGAACGAGAAGCUCGAGCGGCUGCUGCUGUCCGUGCUGCCGCAGCACGUCGCGAUGGAGAUGAAGAACGACAUCCUGUCGCCGGUCGAGGGCCAGUUCCACAAGAUCUACAUCCAGAAGCACGAGAACGUGAGCAUCCUGUUCGCGGACAUCGUCGGCUUCACCGUGCUGGCGUCCCAGUGCAGCGCCCAGGAGCUGGUGCGGCUGCUGAACGAGCUGUUCGGCCGGUUCGACCAGCUGGCGCACGACAACCACUGUCUGCGGAUCAAGAUACUGGGCGACUGCUACUACUGCGUGUCGGGCAUACCGGACCCGCGGGCCGACCACGCACGGUGCGCGGUCGAGAUGGGGCUGGAUAUGAUCGACGCGAUCGCGUCGGUGGUGGAGCAGACGGACGUGAUACUGAACAUGCGCGUCGGCAUCCAUUCCGGGCGCGUCCUGUGCGGUGUGCUCGGGCUGCGCAAGUGGCAGUUCGACGUCUGGUCGAACGAUGUGACGCUCGCGAACCACAUGGAGAGUGGCGGCGAGCCGGGCCGGGUGCACGUGACGCGCGCCACGCUCGACGCGCUCGGCGGCGAGUACGAGGUGGAGGCGGGCCACGGCGACACGCGCGACUCGUACCUGCGGGACAACGAGAUCGAUACGUACUUCAUCGUACCGCCUGCGCACCGGCGCAAGCCCCUCAUGCUCAACACGCUCGGCGUACGGUCGGCACUGGGAGCGGCCAACCGGCGCAAGCUGUCCUUCCGCAACGUGUCCAACGUGGUGGUGCAGCUGCUGCACACAAUCAAAUACUCCGUGCCGGUACCGUUCUCGCACAUGGCCACCGGCGGUCCCGGCUCACCCUACCCCAGCACGAGCGGUGGCGCAGGCGGCCCCGGUGCUGGCGGGGCCGGUUGCAGCGGUGGUGGCGGCGCCGGCUCGAGCAGCGCCGGCGGUGGUGGACUAUUUCUCGACAAGAAUGCGCGCAAGAACAAGGUGACGGACAAGUUUAAGCGACCGUUCAAGAAGCGCCACUCGAGCGUGUACCAUCAGCCGACGAACCGCGUCAACAAGUUCCUGUCGCAGGCGAUCGAGGCCCGGAGCGUCGACCGGGAGAAGUCGGUGCACGUGAAGCGCAUCUCGCUGCAGUUCCGCGAGAAGGAGAAGGAGCGACAGUACCAUCAGGACUUUGAUCUCGGCUUCACCACCGCGAUGGGCUGCAGCCUGCUGCUGCUGAUACUGAGUGCUGGCCUGCAGAUAUCGGCCCUACCACGAACGCUUAUUCUUCUACUGUUGUUCCUAACGGCGUUCGUGUGGAUUAGCGCCAUCCUGAUGCUGCUGCUAGCGGUGCGGCUCAAGUGGAUCUUCUGGGACCUGUCGCAGAGCUUCUCGCUGCGGCUGGCUAUUACCAUCUUCACCAUCGUGCUGCUGUACUCCGUCGGACAGGUGAACGUGUUCACCUGCCUGUCAGACCAUCCGUGCACGACCAACUUUACCACCAAAAGCAUCCCGAGCGUGGAGUCGCUCGGCUCGGUCGGUUCCUCUAGUGAUAUUCUGAUGAGUGCGGGCGAGCUGCACCGAAACGAGCCGAACCUCUGGACGGCUGGUCAACAGCACCACCAACCACUCAACAACUACAGCCACCGGAAGUGUGCCCUGCCACAGUACAUUGCCCUUUCGGCGGCCUAUUCCUUUCUCUCCGUUUCGAUCUUUUUGAGAUUGCCGAUACUGAUCAAAACGGUGCUGGUAACGCUGAUGGCGCUCGUGUACUGUCUGUUUAUCGAGCUGUCGCACGCCAACAUCUUCGACUGCUACGACCAGCGGGUCGAGUCGGCCAUCCCGCUGCACACGAUCUCGGUCGCCCGGAUACUGAUCUUCAUGAUCGCGAUCCUGGCGCACGGCCGGCAGGUCGAGUGGACGGCCCGGCUCGACUUCCUCUGGCAGCUGCAGGCGUCGCAGGAAAAGAAGGAAAUGUCCGUGCUGCAGCAGUCGAACCGGCGCAUCCUGUACAACCUGCUGCCGUCGCACGUGGCCGCCCACUUCCUGGACAACCAGUUCGCCCGCAGCAACAUGGCGACCAUGCGACAGGACCUGUACCACCAGAGCUACAGCAAGGUGGGCGUCAUCUUCGCGAGCGUGCCGAACUUCCACGAGUUCUACACCGAGCUGGACGGGUCGAACCAGGGCGUGGAGUGUUUGCGGCUGCUGAACGAAAUCAUUGCCGACUUCGACGAGCUGCUGUGCGAGGAGCGGUUCCACGCGAUCGACAAGAUCAAAACGGUCGGCAGCACGUACAUGGCGGCGGUCGGGCUGAUCCCUGAGCACAAGAUGCUCCCGUCCGAGCCGGGCUCGAUGCGGCGGCUCAUGACGGCGCUGGUCGACUUCGUGAAGGCGAUGCGCGUCACGCUGAAAAACAUCAACGAAAACUCGUACAACAACUUUAUGCUGCGCGUGGGCGUCAAUGUGGGACCGGUGGUGGCGGGUGUGAUUGGCGCCCGGAAACCGCAGUACGACAUCUGGGGCAAUACGGUCAAUGUGGCGUCGCGCAUGGACUCGACCGGCAUACCGGGCUACACGCAGGUGACGCAGGAGGUGGUGGACAGCUUGCAGGGGUCGCACUUUGAGUUUCGGUGCCGCGGGCAGAUCAAGGUGAAGGGCAAGGGCGACAUGGUGACGUACUUCCUGUGCGAGCAGAACGAGCAGCAUCUGUUCGCGGGCGGCAUGGUGACGAACGGCCUUGCUGGCGGUGGUGGAGGCGGCGGUGGGGCUAGUAGUGUCGUGCAGCAGCAGCAGCAGUCGGUGGAUGCGGUCGGGUCGACGGCCGUGCUGGCGAUGGUCGGCGGUACGGGUACGGGUGAGUCGGGUGGAGCGAUGGGAGCAUCCGGUAAUGCAUCGUUGGGACGCGAUCGAGCUGGUGCAGCAGCGCUACACCAUCAGUACAUGAUGGCGCCGAACGGAAACAUGGCAGGAUUAGUACAGCAACAGCAGCAGCAGCAGCAACAGCUCGGUUCAAACUUUCACAUGAAACAACGCAUGGAGAUGGAAGCGGCAACGGGCAAGAAUGGUCGCUGGCAGCACGAUGGCGGCAGCUACAGCAGCAAGAAGGAAAGCUACAACUUUCUCGAAAGCCCCAAUCUGCUACAUCAGCAGCAGCAGCAGCAGCAGCAGCAGCAGCAACAACAAAUGGUGCAAAAUCAGCAGCUCCAGAUGAAACAUCUGCACAAUCAGGGACAGGCGUCGAAAAACUCGAUGCAAUCCUUCCACUACCCCCAGUCGUACUCAAACCCCGCUCAAGCAGCACAACCGCAACAGCAGCAGCAGGUAAAGGGCGGCGUAUACAAGCAGCACAACAACAUCAACAACAAUCACAUCCUGAGCAGCAGUGGCUUUCACCACGGGCUGGAGAACUACGGCAAGCGCAACUACGACUAUCACCAUCACGGGCAGCCGGGGGCGGCAGCCGCAGCACACAAGCAGCAGGAGCAGCCGACGUCGUCGCAGCUGGGCGCCGGGCACGGUGUGCAGCUGCCCGCGACGAGCUACAACAUACGCGAAAACUUUAACAUCAUCGAAAACCCGAACGUGACCGAUCUGGACGAGAACAACUUCAACCAGCAUCAGCAGCUGUUGCCGCUCGGGCGCGACCAUCUUAACAAUGGGCACAAAAUACGCAACCAUCACCACCAUCAGCAGCAGCAAGAACACCACAACUCGAACAAUCGGGGCCUGUAUGCGACCGCGUCCGAAAACGAACCGCUGCUCGGCGGUGCUUCCGGUGGGAGCGGCAUUAUUGGGAAUGCAAUCAUUAAACCGAUACAGCAAAUACAGCAGCAACAGCACCAGAUACCAAUGUACGAGCCACCGAGGUACGCGACGACGUCCUCCGUGUUUCCGCAUGCGAUCAGUGGACAAGGAUACGCUUACGGCAUGUCGCAGCCCGCCCUGGUGCGUCAUCAGCACAUGCAGCAGCAGCAGCAGCACCAUCACCACAGCAAACAACAGCAGCCGGCUUACAUUCAUCAGCAGCAGCAGCAGCAGUACAGUCAUCCGAACCAUCAUCAUCACAACCACCAUCAUCACCAGCAGCAACAGCAGCAGCGCCAACAAUCGGCUUCCGUGCUGAAACAGUACAUCAAACCGCUGCCCAAGCUGCCGACCGAGUACGACGAAUGCCGCGAGCUGUCCUCGACGGACGAUCUGAGCUCCCGGCCCCACUCCCCGUCGGUCAGCUCGUCCGACGAGAGCUACUCGAAGACGACCGAGGGGGAGGACUUUGACGGCGAGCCGCAGUCACCGCUGCCCGUGUUCAGCACGGCCGGUGGAGCGCACGCCAAUGCUGCCGGCGGUGGCGGCAAUCCAGCCCUGCAGUAUCUCUACCCGUGCGACAUACAGGUCGAUCCGACCUCGCCCCCGAAGCUGAGCCCGAUCGAUUUCGGCAACCUGCGCGACUUCGAGGUGACGAGCACGACGGCCGAGACUAAGUCGUCGUCCGCCCACAACAAGGGCGAAUCGUGCAACAGCUUCGAGUACCACGAGAAGGGUGGUGGUGGCCCCGGCAUGAUGGCGGCACCAACAGCGGCGGCGGCGGCGUUUCCGAAAUCGCCGUUCGAGCGGGAGCUGCAGCGGCGCAUGAACGAGUCCCAGUCGCGCCCGCUGCUUGCGCAGUUGUCGGUGGUUAGUGGCGGAGGCGACGGACCGAAUUCGGAGGAUCAGCUCAAGGGUGGAGGCGCUGCGUUCGAGCAGCAGCAGCAGCAGCAGCAGCAGCAGCAGACCGCUCACGACGGCUCGCUGGAACGGGUGCGGAACGUGAACAAUCUGCUCGUCGCCAAGCACCCGGGCACGCUGGAGGCGAUCAAGGAGGCAACGCGCAACAAGAAUCCCUCCGAAUCGAGCCACCUUCAAACAUCUGAUACCGAGUCGUGUGAGAUCAUCCACGAUUAUCGCAAGAGUGAGCUGAAGGGCCGAAUGCAACACCAGCAGCAGCAACAGCUUAACCAAAUGCAGCACCAUCGCCAUCGCAACUAUCACGCGACCAAGUCGACCAACGACACGUCGUCCAACAUUGAGGCGGACGAGGAUAUGCGCAGUGUGGGGGAGCGCCACCACUACAGCCGGCGGGAGCGCGAGCUAGACCGGGCGAUCGCUCGAGAUCGCGACGACGAGGAGGAUGACGAGGAGGAGGAAGAGGAAGAUGACGUGGACGAGGAGCAGGAGGAUGAGGAGGAGGAGGAGGAGGAUGAUGACGACGAGGACGAAGAGGACGAUGAGGACGAGGAGGAGAACGGACAGCGGAGCGGUGGUCAGCGUCGGUUGCGCGCAAACCGUCAGCAGCGUGCGCACGAGCGGCGCGAACGAUGUCUGAGCAACUCGGAGGGCACCGGGUCCGCCAACCGGAACUACAUCACCGACGAGCUCAAGUACGGUGCCCAGCUGGAACGGGACGGUGGUGCUAGCAGCGGCGGGGUCGCUGUAGGCGCUGCUGCCGGUGGCGGGCGGGACAACAAUGGCUCAUCGCACCACAACCACCAAUCGCUCGACUCGAACCCGGUCGAAAGCCAGUCCGAGUGGAGCGACGACGAGUGCCGGGAGGAGGCCACUGGUGGUGCCGAAAGUACCGGCUACAUCACGGACGAGCCGGGGCUGGAAAACAUCUCGCUGCUCAAUGAGGCCGGGCUGACCGACGCGGAAGGUGCCCUGUCCGACGUGAACUCGCUGUACAACGCGCCGGACGUGGACGACACCUCGAUCUCGUCCCGCGCCAGCAGCCGGCUGCUCAGUCUCGACUCGCUGAGCGGGCUGUACGACUGUGAUCUGGACUCGCGCCACGAGAUGGCGAUCGUGAGCGCGUCGCACAAAAUCACCAACAAGUUCGGCCCGGUCGGAUGAGAGCAGCUGGAGCGCGUCCCGUCGCGGCACGGUUCCCGGCAGCCGCCGCCGCCACCACCAACGACGCCGCCGCCGCCACCGCAGUCCGUGUCACCGUUGGGCGAAACGCUUGCGUCACCUAAAACGCCAUCAAAUGCAUCGUAGAAGGGAUGGACUGGAUAGUGCGAGGGGAAGUUGAAGCGCGAAGAGUGCAAACUGUUGUACAUUAAUUCUAGAGGGGCAGGUCUUUAGGGGAACUGUUUAGCGCUAAGUUGUGAGCUCACGAAGGGAAGGAUUUUUUCUUUUUUUUCUUCUUCGGAUAUGGAUAAGGAAUUGAACGAGCUAAUUGAGGUUUUUGUCAUCAUCCCACUGUUUGGUUGCUUCCUGAUGCGCCUUUCGGAUCCUCUACUCCAAACACAAACACCCACUUACUUGCCUUAUUAGAACCUUAACUGGUCGGUGCUGCACCUCGUAGGAAUCCUUUUUUGAAUGUAUUCCUGUACUCCCGAGUUGAUAUGCUGUGCCAUAGACUUUUUUUUUAUUUUUAACACACAUUCCAUCUUUCAGCUCCGUCUGUUUUUAGCGCUUACAAAAUGCCUGCAACAAAGAAGUGAAUCUCAACCUUUUCUUGCUACUAGUAGCUUUGUACCGUUGUGGCCUAUCUGAUUUCUUCCAAUCGUUUGCUGGUUGUCUUUUUCCCUUCGUGAUGGUUAAGCGCUGGAUGAUGAUGAUGAUGGGAUGGAGUGUUUUAGAUGCACAAAGCUAGCAGAGGAGAGAGAGAGAGAUGCUUUACGUAUCUGGGCAGCCGGGGAUGUAGCACGCUUCGGUGGGAUGAUGGCAAACUUCACGGAGGAGGAGGAAGAGGUAGUAGGUGUAAGUGGUGGCUGCAAAGCGGCAUAUGACGUGUGUGUAAUCUCAGUGAUCAUAUGGACAUUGGCGCUCCUUUCUGGCAAUGAUGAGAUUCUCCUUUCCUUACCAAACACAAACGUUAGGAUGAUUCAGUGUGAUACGUGAGUUACGUGAGGGGGUGGAAGGUGAUGGUGGUAUUAGCAGUUAGAUAGUAGCGGUACAGCUGUACAAACUAACCCGUAAGAGACAAAAAACGAGAUGCAGAGAGAGAGAGAGAGAGAGAGAGAGAGAGAGAGAGAGAUAGAGCGAUAGCCUCUAAUGUUUAGCGUUAUGUACACACCGUGCAUUUCUCUUUUUUUUUCUAUUGUUAUCUUACUAUUGAAUAUGAAUUUUGGCGAACUUUUGAAAUUCCGUUUGUAUAUGCGUACACUCCUUAUCCUCUCUUGCUCUCUCUUUCUCUCUGUAUGCAAACACUCUGUUCCUCUCAUUUGUCUUACCUUUUCGCGGUGUACAUUGAACAGAACGCUCCCAGGAUUACAAACGCUCUUCUCGGUGUAGCGGGAAGGGUGGUUUGUUGUAAAUUAUAUCCCUUCUUAGAAGUGUUGAUACAUCAACUAAACAAACUAUGCUGGUGCGCUAGCGUCACCAAGAGACUAAUGCAGUGUAGUAUGUAUAAAUACUUAUAUAUAUUUAUAUGUUGCUAUAUUAGUGCGACAGCUAUGGUGCGUAUUACGGCUCGCCCUCGAGCGCGCGCAAACACGCGUAACUACUAAAAUCUCAUGCAAGCUUUGGACUACUAGCAUUAGACUACUUAAUAGGAAUGUAAAACUCUCACGCACAGAUUUCCCACCACAAACACACACACACACACACAUGCACGCAUGUUUUGAGAUGUGUCGCUUGGAAGCAGACUGAUUGCCUUUUUCCCGAUUCGGUUUCAAAUUCAAUCCCAACCUCCUCUUCGCAGUUUAAGAGCAAGCCGCCUGUGCACUAGCACAGCACUUCUCAAACACCCACCAACGCCACGGCGCGCGUCCCUACUGUCAACAAACACACUUUUUUGCUCAUGAGGAAGGGGAUAUGGAGAUGCUGACUUUAGGGGUGGCUGCGGCUCCAUAGAUUUCACUUGAAGCCGGCAGCACGAGAGAGAAUAAUGCUCCAUUUGCUGUGCGAGGUGCUGGCGACAGGGGAGUGGACGAUUGUUGUAGCAUACCAAAACGCGAAACACCACAGAACGUUGGAAAAUGAAGCGCAGCUUUUGUUUUUGUAACUAUUAUUUAUAUACUUCACUGGAAUAACGAAUAAAACUGUCAAUAAUAAUCGUAAUAAGACCGUACCGGUGAAAUGCUCUGUUGUGCGUGUGCGUGGUAAAGUGGAAGCGAGUUGAGAUAUACUGGUAGUACUUCAAAUUAGAUCCGAGAUAUCGUUACUGAGCGAAGACCACACAGCGACCCAUUUCCACGGAACUUUGUAUGCGAUGUUUUCGAUGCAAUUUACGAUUGUAUACGACACGAAAAGGGGUAGCACACAAUGUUGCAUGUCAGCUUGGCGGGUCGAUUACGCGCAAGUUUGCAUUGGAGAGCGAGCGGGAAAGUACGCACGAUGAGCGAAAGAGAAACAGCUGGUUAGAAGCCGCCGCACGGUCCUCCCGCCAAAGGCCAGAACCAAGUGCGGAUGCGUAUUCGUAGGAAGAACGGCGCGGAGAACGCUUGGCCGGGGGCGGCCAAUUCUGUCCCGGUUUGUUAUGAGAAGCCAUUCCUAAUCUAUUCGCUUCGGCUUUUAGUAGUGGCGCAUACAAACAGAAGUAUUUUUGUACACAUCCAAGCCGAAUCCUCCUAGAGCCGGGGAUAGCCCGGAGUAGAGUAUUUUUUUUUUUUUUUUUUUUAGUUUUAUAUCUCAAAUAUGGAGAAACGGAAGGUUUCGACUAAUCACAACAUAAUGUACCAGCUAUUUGUCGUUUGUUUAUUUCUACAUCUUUUCAAUUAAAUAAGCAACAAGAACAUGAUAAAAUCGUUGUGAAUGAUGCGAUAAUGGAAAUGUUCUGAACACAUAAUAACAAUUAUUAAUAGUUGUAAAAGCUCGAUCAGUGUUAGCACUGCAUAAGAAUGCAACGAAUUCUGAUUUUUUUAUGAUUAUUUUUUU